AUGUGGUCUCUCGGCCGCACUUCGCUGUGCUUUCACCUGGUCCUGCUUCUCCUCCUUGCCGUGGUCACGGCGGAUGAUCCUAGCCUCGCCGAUGGAGGGAAGCUCAUUGACCCCAAGCCUUCCCCGAAACCCACUCCAAAACCGACGCCCCAACCCAACCCUAAAAUGCCGCACCCGAACCCAAACCCAAACCCAAAGCCCACGACUCCUGUAAAGCCGGAACCCAACCCAACUCCGGACCCAGAUGCCAAGCCACAACCAAAGCCAAUGCCUCAACCGGACCCGAAGCCAACUCCUGAAGAGCCAAAGCCUAAACCUCAGCCAGGGUCAUUGCCGGUGUAUUCACUAGACGACAUUGGUUCCGACAGGACGAACCCAAAGCCCGACCCGCAGCCUAACCCUAACCCAAAGCCUGAUCCACACCCGAACCCCAAACCGACCCCCAAGCCAACACCAAACCCGCGGCCAAACCCCAACCCCCAGCCGGGACCGUCGAAGCCGAAGCCGCCGGUGUACGCACGUCGCGCUGGCUCCCACAAGCCCCUCAACUGA